AUGAAUUUUUAUUCUUCAACAUUCAAUGAAAGAGAUAAUUCUAUCUUUACAGAAAAGGAUGAAGUAGAUGGAUUAGCUGGAGAAAUAAACACUAUAAAUUUUAAUUUUAAUACAAUGGAGAAUAACUUUGCUAAACUAGCAGAACAAAUUAAAAAGAUAGGAAAGUUCCUUAACAAUCAAAAGAUUGCAUUCAAAUAA